CAUCAGGCAGUAGGAUAUGACUGCAUCAAAAGACCAAAGGUACGGUAUCCAUUUUGUCAAGAUAAGAAUGAAGCCCGGAGAGGACACACAAUGUGUCUCGGCGGUAUACAUCAGCAUCUGAUGAAUGAUACAGUUCGAUCUGCGAUCACGAAAAUGCACGAGGAAAUCAGAACGGCAGUGAAUCCACCAGCGGCAAAUAUGAUAAAAAUGGAACACAACAAACUUCUGCAAAACGAAGCACAGAUCUGGGCGGAGCGCUGUAAAAUGACUCACGAUCGGGAGGAUCUACGAUUCCUUGCAGACAGGUUCAAUGUUGGUCAAAAUAUUGCUGUAACUGGACCAGUGUUGAACUGGACGGAAGUCUUCGAACGGUGGGAAAGUGAGAAAACAAUGUUCACAUAUAACGGUUCCAACAGCGUAUCAACUGUGGGGAACUAUACCCAGAUGAUUUGGGCAGAAACAUUCUUAUUCGGAUGUGGUGUCAGCAAAUGUGGAACAAAUUACUUUUAUGUGUGUAACUAUGCUCCUGGUAUGAACGUGACUGAGCUAUCUACUCCCUAUAUAUCAUCCGGAAGCUGGUGCGAUUCUUGUAAGACUCACUGUGAUAAUGUGACUUCUAAACAAUGUGGUAAGCUAAAAUUUAUUUUUUAA